AUGAUUCCUGACUGGAUCAACGCUUUUGCCGCCCAGCAUCCUCUAGGCGAUGUGGGCACUAAGAUGAGUCCUGCGAAGAAUAGACCGUUCUCAGCUUGGAGCGCACUAGAUGAUGUGAAGACCAAGGCCGACGACAUUGCCCACGAGGCGAGCCGGGAAUUCAAUGCCGCAAGCCAGAAGGCCCAGGAGAAGGCCGGCAAGAUUGAGCCUGGCUCUCUGAAGUACUAUGCAGCUUGCACGUUUGGUGGAAUGAUGGCAUGUGGCCUUACCCACACUGCCGUGACACCCCUCGACUUAAUCAAAUGUCGCCGUCAAGUCGACCCAAAUCUCUACAAGAGCAAUCUCCAAGCCUUCCGCACCAUCCGCGCAGCUGAAGGUAUUCGGGGCGUCUUCACGGGUUGGAGCCCGACCUUCUUCGGCUACAGCGCGCAAGGAGCCUUCAAGUAUGGAGGAUACGAGUACUUCAAGGUCUUCUACAGCGACCUGGUCGGCCAGGAAAACGCGAGCCGGUUCAAGACUGCCAUCUACCUGACAGCCAGUGCCUCGGCAGAGCUCAUCGCAGAUAUAGCGCUGUGUCCAUUCGAGUCUGUCAAGGUCCGCGGUCAGACUACCAUUCCCCCUGAAAUCACAGGUACUUUCAGCGGUAUCUCGAAUGUAGUUGCCAAAGAGGGCGUUGCUGGAUUGUACAAGGGCCUAUAUCCACUGUGGGGCCGUCAAGUGCCCUACACGAUGAUGAAGUUUGCCUCCUUCGAAACCAUUGUUGAGAUGAUCUACCACAAUUUGCCGGGUCAGAAGUCCGACUACAACAAGGGUGCCCAGACUGUAGUUGCGUUCACGGGUGGAUACCUCGCUGGUAUUCUGUGUGCUGCGGUAUCGCACCCUGCCGAUGUCAUGGUCAGCAAGUUGAACGCGAAUCGACAGGCGGGUGAGGCAUUUGGCGCUGCUAUGAGCCGCAUCUAUGGUGACAUUGGGUUCCGAGGAUUGUGGAACGGGCUGCCCGUUCGUAUUGUGAUGAUCGGUACUUUGACCGGACUCCAAUGGAUGAUUUACGAUUCAUUCAAGAUUUUCAUGGGGCUUCCUACCACAGGUGGCGCAAGCGAAGACAAGAAGAAGAACUGA